AUGGCUGCUCACCAUGUGAAGCAACUGAAGUGCCUACAACUAGUAGAAGCCACAGCCAUGGCCUGA